UGCCACGGCGCUGCGGCUGCGCACUGAGCCUCUGGCACACGGACUCGCACGCACAGGGGGCAGGCGAGUAGCGGGUGGCGCUCCGAGGCUGCAGCCCCAGUCGGAGAAACUCGCCCCGGUGCCCCUUCUCUUGUGCGAUGUGCUGAGUGAUUGCGCAGAGAUGCCGCCGGUUCGAAAGACUGUAGCAGAACUCCGCUCUCGGGCGGAAGGUUACGAGAAAGCUGAGGAUACCUCUGAGAAAACUUCACUAGCUGAUCAAGAAGAUAUGAGGAUAAUAUUUAUCAACCGACCUCAACUAGUAAAAUUUUGUAGUAACCAUGUCAGCACUGCAAAAUAUAACCUGAUUACAUUCCUGCCAAGAUUCCUUUACUCACAGUUCAGAAGAGCAGCAAAUUCAUUUUUCCUGUUUAUAGCCCUUCUCCAACAAAUCCCUGAUGUCUCCCCGACUGGUCGUUAUACAACCUUGGUCCCACUGUUAUUCAUUCUUCUCGUGGCUGCAGUCAAAGAAAUAAUAGAAGACAUUAAAAGACACCGUGCUGACAGUGGAGUGAAUAAGAAAAAGGCACAAGUGCUGAGAAAUGGUGCUUGGGAAAUUGUCCAUUGGGAAAAGGUGGCAGUGGGGGAGAUUGUGAAGGUGACCAAUGGGGAACAUUUCCCAGCUGACCUCGUCAUUAUAUCAUCAAGUGAACCACAAGCAAUGUGUUACAUUGAAACUUCUAAUUUAGAUGGAGAGACAAAUCUUAAGAUCCGUCAGGGUCUACCCCAGACAGCAGACAUAAAAGAUAUUGAAAGUUUAAUGAAUUUUUCGGGCAAACUUGAGUGCGAGAGUCCCAACCGGCACCUAUAUGAUUUUGUUGGCAACCUUCAAUUUGAUGGAAAAAGCACGUACCCCUUGGGCCAAGAUCAAAUUCUUCUACGAGGCGCUCAAUUAAGAAACACGCAGUGGGUUCAUGGAAUAGUAGUUUAUACAGGACAUGAUACAAAGCUCAUGCAGAACACAACACGAGCUCCACUGAAGUUGUCAAAUGUGGAACACAUCACAAAUGUACAAAUCCUCUUCUUAUUUGGUAUACUGCUCUUCAUAUCUUUGGUAUGUGCCAUUGGUUCCACAAUUUGGAAUAAAAGACAUGCUGAAGGAGUCUGGUACCUUCACUUCAGUGAUAGUGGAGCCGCUUAUUUUGGAUUGAACUUUUUAACAUUCAUCAUCCUCUUUAAUAACCUGAUUCCAAUUAGCCUCUUAGUCACUCUGGAAGUUGUAAAGUUUAUCCAAGCGUUUUUCAUUAAUUGGGAUAUUGAUAUGUUAUAUGAACCAACCAAUACUCCUGCCAUGGCGAGAACAUCCAAUUUAAAUGAGGAACUGGGACAGGUGAAAUAUAUAUUCUCAGAUAAAACUGGAACCUUAACCUGUAAUGUUAUGGAGUUUAAGAAAUGUACAGUUGCAGGGAUUGCUUAUGGUCAUUUUCCUGAUCAUGAGGAUUUUAGAUACUCUGAAGAUUAUGGGCAAGCUGAUUCAUCAAAUGGAGAAAGCGCAUUUCAAGAUGUUUCUCUGCUGGAAAAUCUUAAGGGCAAUCAUCCCACAGCGCCUGUCAUCUGUGAAUUUUUAACAAUGAUGGCAAUUUGCCAUACAGCAGUGCCUGAGAGAGAUGCUGACAGGAUAAUCUACCAAGCCUCAUCCCCAGAUGAAGGAGCGCUAGUAAGAGCAGCAAGACAAUUGGGCUUUGUGUUCAGUGGGCGAACUCCAAAUUCUGUCAUUAUAGAAGCUCUUGGACAAGAAGAAAAAUAUGAACUGCUUAAUGUUCUUGAGUUUACAAGCAACAGAAAACGCAUGUCCGUGAUUGUCCGUACACCGUCGGGAAAGCUGCGGCUUUACUGUAAAGGAGCAGAUACAGUUAUUUAUGAACGUUUGUCUGAGAGCUCACGUUACAAGGACAUCACUUUGAAACAUUUAGAGCAGUUUGCUACAGAAGGAUUGAGAACCUUGUGCUUUGCAGUUGCUGAAAUUUCAGAGAUGAUGUACCAAGAUUGGCUGGAAAUAUAUCAGCGGGCUUCCACUGCGCUACAGAAUAGGAUACUCAAGCUUGAAGAAAGUUAUGAACUGAUUGAAAAAAAUUUGCAAUUGCUUGGAGCUACAGCGAUUGAAGAUAGACUACAAGACAAAGUUCCUGAAACUAUAGAAACAUUAUCCAAAGCAGACAUCAAAAUUUGGAUUCUUACAGGAGACAAACAGGAAACCGCUGUUAAUAUAGGACAUGCAUGUAAACUUCUAACGAAAAACAUGGGUCUUAUGGUUCUAAAUGCACAUACUCUUGAUACAACAAGGGAAACGCUGAGCCACCACUGCAGUACUCUGGGUGAUGCAUUGCGCAAGGACAACGACUUUGCAUUGAUCAUUGAUGGAAAAACUCUCAAAUAUGCCCUGACAUUUGGAGUGCGACAAUCCUUUUUGGAUCUAGCACUGUCUUGCAAAGCUGUCAUUUGCUGCCGAGUUUCACCUCUACAAAAGUCAGAAAUAGUUGAGAUGGUGAAGAAACAGGUGAAAGUUAUAACAUUAGCAAUAGGUGAUGGAGCAAAUGAUGUGGGAAUGAUCCAAACGGCCCAUGUCGGUGUUGGAAUAAGUGGAAACGAGGGUCUACAAGCAGCAAACUCUUCUGAUUAUUCUAUUGCACAGUUCAAGUAUCUGAAGAACUUGCUGCUGGUUCAUGGAGCUUGGAACUAUAAUCGUGUAGCAAAAUGUAUCCUGUAUUGUUUUUACAAAAACAUAGUCCUGUAUAUUAUUGAGAUCUGGUUUGCUUUCGUUAAUGGCUUCUCAGGGCAGAUUCUCUUUGAAAGAUGGUGUAUUGGUCUCUACAAUGUUAUCUUCACAGCUUUGCCUCCCCUCACCUUGGGAAUAUUUGAGAGAACCUGUCGAAAGGAAAAUAUGUUGAAAUAUCCAGAGCUAUACAAAACAUCACAGAAUGCACUGAACUUCAACACAAAGGUUUUCUGGGUUCAUUGUUUGAAUGGCCUGUUCCACUCGAUUAUUCUGUUUUGGUUCCCACUGGAAGCCCUCAAGCAUGACACUGUAUUUGGAAAUGGAAAGACGCCUGGCUGCCUGCUACUAGGAAAUAUGGUUUACACAUUUGUGGUAAUUACUGUUUGUUUAAAAGCUGGUUUGGAGACAUCGUCCUGGACCACAUUCAGUCAUGUGGCCAUCUGGGGCAGCAUUGGAAUGUGGGUGGUGUUUUUUGCAAUCUACUCUUCACUCUGGCCGGCGAUUCCAUUGGCUCCUGACAUAUCUGGAGAGGCUGUAAUGUUAUUCAGCUCUGGUGCUUUCUGGAUGGGCCUGUUCUUCAUCCCAAUUGCCACCCUUCUGUGUGAUGUUGCUUACAAAGUCUUUAAGAGAACUUUUUGUAAGACUUUGGUGGAAGAGGUGCAGGAACUGGAAGCACAGUUUCGGGAUCCAGGUGCAGCUGUAUAUGGCAAAAGUUUAAGUGAAAGAGCUCAACUCUUGAAGAAUGUUUUUAAGAAAAAUACUUUCAACCUGCACCGUUCUGAUUCAUUGCAACAAAGUUCAUUACAUGGUUAUGCCUUUUCCCAAGACGAGAAUGGCAUUGUGUCACAGUCUGAAGUGGUCAGGGCCUAUGACACCACCAAGCAAAGACAGGAUGACUGGUAAACAGUUAAUACAGGAACACGAAUUCCAAAGAAGUACUUUCAGCUAAGAAUGGGACUUCAAGCUUUGAAAUAUCCAACUUUGCAAAAUCAUGCUGUUACGGUCUUGCAAAGACAUGAAGAGGUUGGAUUGUGUGUUUAAUGAAAGAAGAAGUGUUAAUCAGUUUUGUUGCAUACACAGUAGACACAAACACUGUGCAAAUCCAUGUUAGUAUAAAUUCCCUGCUAGAACGCCAACACAAUACAUGUUAACAACUGGUUUGGCUGGACUUGAAAUUUGUCACUUUACAUUACUGGGCUGACUUUUGACAUUUUGAAUAUAUAUAUAGGUAACUUAUUAUUUUUAAUUUAAAUUCUGAUUGUUAUGAGCAUUACAUUAAUGUCUUUGUUCUAACAGAGUACUAAUUCCUAAAUUUCACUGUUUCAUUUAAUUGAAUGAGCACUGAUUAAACCUUUAUAUGGAUUUGCCAUUCUUCCCCCUUUUGGAUAUUUUACAUUUGUUGCCAUAACCCAGACAGAUAUUUUGAAGCAUUCCCUUUGUGACUGGUUCUCUUUGUGUUAGGUUCUUCAUGUAGAAUGAUACUGAGAGAAGUACUGCAGAAGCAAAAGUGACAUACUCAUGUGCCAAAUAAAUCCACAGAAGCAACCCAGGGUGAUUCUUUGGUCAAGGCACUGAAUAAAAUGCAGAAUUAAUUUUAAAAAUUUCAAAUGCUAAAGCAUACUGCAUUGAAAUAGUGUUAAACAUGGUGCUGGUGCUACUCUUGUAAUUGCCAUUAUUUGCCAAAAUUAAAAUUGAUCACCAACAUGUCGUCUCAUCAAAUGUUACAAUUUGCCAUCAGCCCUGUUCUUCAGUGUACUGCCAUUAGGAAUGGAACAAAUUUCAAGUCCCAUUUGUACUUUUUCUUAUUCACUCUGAUGGGUGUAAUUUGCACAUGCAAUGACUUGUUGAAAGAUUUGACUAAUGCCUUUUUGGCACUUGCUUCUGAACUUGUCUAUCCCAAAUUAUGGCCUUGCAUAUGCUUUUCUCUUUGCCUAAUAUUCAAAUCAAAUUUCAGAGUGGAAGAAGUGUUGUAUUUUCUGUGCCUGGCUACAUCUGCAGUAUAUGCUUGUGUUAGUGACUUUCUAAUGGAUUUAAUAUUCAACAAGCAUUUCCAAUCUUUUUAAUGUCCGAAACAACAAUCUUUGCAUCCCAAAUAAGACAGAGUGCGGGGGAGAGCGUUUCUGGUAUGUAGUACUUUUACAUAACUUGUUCUAAAAUAAUUCCACUGAGGAAAAAAUUUCUAUAAUUCACUAUUUUGUAUCCAUUGAAAUAGAUAGCUACUACCUGUAUACUUUUCCCCUUUUCCCUCCUCUGUCUUGCAAUUUGCCAUGGACAAGUAAGAUCUUGUGAUUACAGAGAAAGGAUUAGAUAAAAUGCUGACUUUAUUUUGUUACUGAACACCAUCUUAUCAGGAUCAGCAGCUUAUAUUUGAUAUUUACCUGGAUUACUUAAUUGUAUAUUUAGACAUGCCGCUUGAAUUUCAUUGAUUUUUAAUGAACAUGUAGCCAAUUCUAGUUAAUUUCUAGUUAAUUUCUAAUUUCUAAAGUUUUUUUGUUGGAUUCAUUUCAGCAGUAUUGUUGAAUCAAAAGUUAAUCUUGCAUCACAUAAUUGCUAAAGAACUGUUAUUUUAACAGUUAUUUUAUUUAUUUCCUAAUGCAAGUUGAAGUUAAUUUUACCUCUAUUAUCUAUAAUUAUAUAGUUAUCACACUUUAUGUAGGUCAGAUAACCAAUGUGACCUGCAUGUAGGAUUUUACAUUUUCAUCUCCUGGAAGAUCAUCUUGUUAAGUUUAUUCACAGAUGUUAGUAUGAUGCUUUCUUUGCAUUAAACUCCAUCAUCUGCAAUACGUAACCCAUAUUUCAAUAACUUUUAAUAGCAUUCCGAUCAAAACUUGUCUUUAAUUAAAUAUUAGUUAUGAUAUAAACUACACACACACACACAAUGUAAAGGGCAUUUUAGUAAUCCAGUUUUAUCGUUGACUUUUCACCACAAAGCAUCUAGAUUUGGCUCUAAUACUGAUUAUGAAUGUGGAUUUUAGCAAAUAGUGAGGUAUAAAAGGUAAGAAUAAUUGAACAAACUCAUAUGCACAAGUCCAGCAUCCUGCUUGUUUUGCAAUAUUCCAGUCUGUAGACUGAGUAAAUCAAUGUUGAACACAAAAGUAGUAGAAUGAAAUAUUUAAAAGUAUGAUUUGAGCAUCCAGUUUCUGCUGUCUCCAUUUUCAGCUUGGUGUGAUGAGAUAAUUCAUUCUCUGUGCCAUGUGUUCUGUAUUUGUCAUAAACAAUCCUUGAAUGUUCAAAACUUGGAGGUUUCAAAGUACAUAAUUGCUUUGUGGUAUUUUAGUCAAUGAUAGCUGUUGUCUGUCCUCUCUGGGAGGUGUGUUGUGUAGUCUGGUUUUCCUGUCUGUAUUGUUGUCCAGCUGCAUGAGGUAGAGUAUUACAUGGAUAUUUUUGUGCACGACAAACGUUUUGUCGUUGCUACACAUUCUGUGCAAAAUUAGAAACAAAUGAUGCAAAUUAAUGAAAGGUUGCACCAUCCGGCAAAUAUCAGUUGAUAAAGUAAUAGUGUGUUUCUUCACUAAUUAUUGUGUGUAUUCAGUUUUGGAAUAAAACUGCUAAGUUAUAUCAUAUAUUUGGAUUUCACAUUUGACUUAAUAUCUGUUUUGUUUUGUCAAAGGUUAUGUCUAAGUAGACAACAAAAUGUGAACUUUGCUUUACUUAGCCUUAAGACCACACAAUCAAAACAGAUAUAAAAUAUUCUGAUGUAUUUUAAAUUAAUUGAGCAUUACUACAGUAAGAUAUCAACUUUGAAAUGGAUAUCAAAUUUCAAAUAUUGCCUUGGCUAGUUUGUUUAAUGUGACGAGGUGAUUUUUUUAAAAUGCACAUUCAUUAGUGAUGGUAGACAAUUUGCCUCUUUGUCGUAAGUCAUGUAUAUUAUUUAAAAUUAAUUUAUCAUUGCAAUUUAAUGCCUUGAAAGUUGUGUAAAGAAGAAACAUACUCUGAACAUUGGGUUAAGAUUUUUCUGCCAGACUUGCAGAAAGAUUAGUUUUCUGUGGUUUGGUUUUGCACUGCAUGAAUAAUGACCUUCAAAUUCAAUGUUCAUAGUAUUCCUCAGGUUCAGUUCUAAGGUUUAAGUUAAUGUAAGGACAUGCACUGUGUUAUGUAUUUUGUUCUAAAUCUUAGGUUCCUUUUUUGUCUGUUAACUUACCCUUGACUUGUGAAUUGCAUGGUGGUAGUUGCAUCUCUUAAAUGUUCUGUCUUUUGAUUGUCAUAUGGAUCACACAAUAAAACUAAAUUUACAAACCUUGA